AUGAGUCGGUGGUUGUUUUUGGUGUUGCUUUUCAGGCUCUCCUCUCAGCAGGUCACCUUUCUAGAGCUGAGCCGGGAUGAUGGCAACGUUCUUGGACUCGCGUCCGAUUUUGGCACGAUUGCCGUGGCGGCGAAAAAGAGGAUCUUUCUCUAUCGAGAUACCGGUCAAGACUCAAUGACACUCGAUACACAAAUAGGGAUUAUCAAAUUAGAGGAUGGAAUCGAAGACAGCUUACUCGAAUUCAAACUCGUUGAUCGAGAUUCACUCUUGUUGUGCGAUAAAGAUACAUGCAGAUUAUGUGCUCUAAACGCUACAUGCACCGAGUUGAAGCGUGAGAGACGAAACUCCAAGAAUGAUCUUCUCUUUGCAAGUGCUGUCAAAGAUGGACAGAAAAUCUUCGUUCGAGCAAUUGACAAGCGAAAUAUGGCCUGGGUGUCAGCUUAUCUUUUGGAUCGAAAUGGAGACGAACUCGAGCCAUUCCAAACUUCCGAUGAUCUUUCUCAUUUCAAGAAGACCGGUCUUUCAUCAUCUUUCUCUAAAGAUGGAUUUGUUUAUUUUGUUGGCAGCAGUCAAUCAAGAUUUGAGCCGUUCAUCUUUGAAAACCAAGACGUGGACAAAACUGAAACCGGAUUGCUCCGUUUGUCAAGGCUUUGCACACGUGAUGGAACAAAGCUGCUUGAGUCCAAAAUUGAGAUUGCUCUUUCUUGUGGAGAUCUACCAAAGCAAGGUGGCGAAGUGAACGAUUUCGCUUCUUAUUUUGAUCCAUCCGAAGAAAUUCUUUAUGUAGCAGCCAGCAAUCAAGCAAACUCCUCAAAUGGAUCAAAUCAAAAAACGUACGUCGUAUGCCAAUUUCCAUAUGCCGCACUUCAACAACGAUUUGACAAUGUGUGGCAAAUGUGUCAAAGCACAAGCAAAGAAGAGGCUGAUGCGUGCAAAUCUUGGGCUGACCCAAACAAUCUUCCCGAUCAUUGUUAUGUGUUUGCGAAGAGUGACGGCUAUUCACAACGCUGUAGCCGAUUUCAAGGGCCAACAUCCGAAUCAACGAACCCAUUGGCAAACUGUGAUUUGGCUGGUCACGAUUCAACCGCAUAUCGAUAUGGAUCAUUGAGCGACUAUCGACCACUACUUGGUGUAGCAAUCAACGUACUCAUGGGCAGCGAUUCAAAUGAGAUCUCGCAAGUCAUCCCCGAUCAUCACGGCUCAUUAUUUUUCAGCAAUUUUCAAGGAUCAAUUUUCCGAACAUCUCUGGCCAACAUUGCAGCAAGAGUCACAUGGAGCAAGAAUAACACCUCAGACAAUCUUCAUAGGAUUGCAUUAAGUUCCCUUAGCGAUACUGUUUACUAUUCGGCUCCGAAUAAGGUGAUGUCUUUGAAGUUGAAUUGCGAUGCAUUGUUCCACAGUUGCGAAGAUCUAUUGGUCGGUGGAUUCACAGACGCGCUUCGGUGUGGAUGGUGUCCGAAUGAAGAUGGAAAGCCAUCCGGACAAGUGCUUGCCCUCGAUUCAAAUCGUUUCGAAUGUUCUGGCCAAAUAUUGAGAGGAGUUUGCCCGCCCGUCAUCCAAUAUGUGGGUUUUGACUCAAGCAAAAACUCGUGGAAUCUCUAUGGAAAGAAUCUUGGCUCAAUGAUUGACCCACGAGUCUUAAUUUGCAGUACCAAUUGUACACCAGUGCUCGAAAGUGGAGAAAGAAUGCAAUGCAAGCUCUCAGCACCGUCACAAAAGGAUUUUGAUACGUGUGAUGUAGUGAUGACUGGGAAAGUUGGUGAUUCAAAAAUGCGCAUCUAUCGUCCACCAGUGAAAGAUGAGGGCAGUCAAGCAGCCGGAUCUGGUGAUACAACUGGUAAAGAUGAUAAAAACAAAGGAAUGAGCAGGACUUCAAAAGCUUUGAUCGCUAUCUUCUCAGUGAUUGGUAUUCUCGUUUUCAUAGCCAUCAUCCUAUGGUAUGCCCGGAAAACAUACAUGAACAAUCAAAAUCGAAAGCACAUGAAUGAAGACUUUACAAUGGGUGGCAUCUACAAUCCAACCGUUGUGCGUCGAUGGGGUGCCCAAUUGGAAAGUCACCCCUUGAACGUCUAUGGUCAACAUCAUCAGAACGGGCUUCAAAAUGGAAAUGGAUCGCUGAGAGAUCAUGAUCCUUUUUCUCCUUAUGAACAAAUCUCAAGGGAUAUCGAUCCGAAACUCAAGAUCGAACUACGAGAUAUUAAAUUGGAAACCCAAAUUGGAAAAGGUCAUUACGGUAUCGUUUUCCGAGGAGAGUACUGUCCAUCAGAAAAUUUUCGGCAAAAAGUUGCGUGCAAAAUGCUACAACAUGGUGUGCCCGGGGUUCGCGAAUUCGUCAAUGAAGGGUUGCUCAUGUCGAAGUUCGACCAUCCACGAGUGAUGCGCUUGAUCGGGAUCGCUUUCGAUCAGGAUUUCACUCCGAUCAUUGUCACCGAAUACAUGUCAAAUGGUGAUCUCCUGAAAUUCGUCAAAGAUCCAAAUAAGCAUCAAACUCUUCGCUCUUUCCUCAACUUUGCCGUACAAAUCUCUGAAGGAAUGGAGUAUCUUCAUCAGAAAAAUUUCAUUCAUCGAGAUCUCGCUGCGAGGAAUUGCAUGCUUGACGAUUUUCUCAAUGUCAAAAUUGCGGACUUUGGGCUUUGUAGAGAAUUGUCGAACUUUGAAAACUAUGAAGUAUUACAUCGAAAUCGUGAUCUUCCAUUGAGAUGGAUGCCAAUUGAAGCGCUAACCAGUCAAAUUUUUACUCAAAAGGGUGACGUCUGGGCAUAUGGAGUUGUUUUGUGGGAGUUGAUGACCAGAGGUCAAAUGCCAUACACGGGAAUAGCAAAUUUUUUGGUGCAGCCAUAUCUUGCCAGCGAGGAGCGAUUGCCACAACCGAGAUAUUGUCCUCCUAGACUAUAUGAUUAUGUGAUGCUGAGUUGUUGGGCAGCAAAUCCCGAGGAUCGACCCACAUUCACCGAGUUGACGCGGCGAAUAAAGCAAGUGGUCGAAGAGCUCGAGCAAACACAACGGCAGAAGAUGAGCGCCGUUUAUGAACAGGUGACCCCACUGAGAACUUCACAAAACGAUAGCGCUGCUUUGACGCCAACCACCGGUCAAACGAUGCUCGGUGAAGAAGCGGAAGAAGACGAUGAUUUGCCCCCGCAACCCAUUCCAAAUUCUACAAUUUUA